GUUUCUGAUUGCGCGUGAAACAAAAUUAAAGAUAAACACUCGGCAAAAAAUAAAGGAGACAUCGUAAACUCGAUUGUCCGGAAUAAAAACAAGCACAGCCCUACCGCCGACACCACCAAGUCUCCCAAAAAACAUAAACGCCACAUCCGCAAGACAGCUCCCCCGCCCAGCAUGUCCAAACCCGAAACAAAGUUCAACCUGGGCUCCGUCCUAGUCGUCGGCGGCUGCGGCUUCCUGGGCUCGCACAUUGUGCGCAUGCUCCUCGACGACUACAACUGCAGCGCCGUGUCGGCCAUCGACCUCCGCUGCACCCGCAACCGCCGCGAAGGGGUGCAGUACCACGACGCCGACAUCACCAACGCGGAGCGCCUCGUCUCCGUCUUUGACCAGGUCCGCCCCGACGUCGUCAUCCACACGGCCAGCCCGCUGGCUCAGGGCAACAGCGUCGUCCACCGCGACAUCUUCUACAACGUCAACGUCGAGGGCACGAGGACGGUCGUCGAGGCUUGCAAGAAGGCUGGCGUCAAGGCCUUGGUUUUCACGAGCUCGGCCAGUGUCAUUAGCGAUAAUGUUUCCGACCUCAUCAACGCCGAUGAGCGGUGGCCAAUGAUUCGCGGGGACAAGCAGACCGAGUACUAUUCCGAUACCAAGGCAGAAGCAGAAGAAAUCGUCCUCAAGGCCAACGAGCCCGGCAAGCUCCUCACCGCCGCGAUCCGCCCGUCCGGCAUCUUUGGCGAGGGCGACAGCAUGGUGACAGCCAACCUGGUCAAGACGUACAGGGAGGGCAAGUGGAAGGUGCAGGUGGGCGACAACAACAACCUGUUCGACUUUACCUACGCAGGCAACGUGGCUCACGCGCACCUGCUGGCGGCGCGCGCCCUCCUCGUGACCUACGCAGCCAAGACGCAACCGCUCGACCACGAGCGCGUCGACGGCGAGGUCUUUCUCAUCACCAACGACUCGCCCAUCUACUUUUGGGACUUUGCGCGCCUCGUGUACCGCGCGGCCGGCAACCGCGAGGGGCUUGACAAGGUCUGGGUCCUGCCGCGCGACGUCGGCAUCGCCAUGGGCUGGUGCUCCGAGACGGUCGCCUGGCUGCUCCGAAAGCCCGUCCCGACCUUUAGUCGCCAGCGCAUCAUCUACAGCACCAUGACCAGGUACUACAACAUCACAAAGGCCAAGAAGCGGCUGGGUUACGCCCCGCUGGUCAGCAUGGAGGAGGGCGUCAGGAGGGGUGUGCAAUACAUUUUGGACCAGGAGAAGGAGACGGGCAAGCCAGCAUGCUGAAUAGGCCGGGCUGUAGUAGGAAAAGACGUCUUUGUUUGGUUUAUGAACUUUUUUUUCCCGAGCAGACUUGAUGACAUGUAUAUAUAAUUUCUUAAUUAAUUCAACAGCACUUGAAUACAAGUAAAAAGCGCCA